UUUUGCAUUAAAUCAGUGUUCAUAAAUCCCAGAAAAGAAACAUGUUAAUCAGGGGUUUAUCUUUAGUCUUCAAUGAAUCCAAGUAUCUUUAGUCUUCAAUGAAUCCAAGGCUGGGGGGAGAUCUUUAUCCUGUUGUUUUUGUCAAAGUUUUUAUCAAAUGCCCUUUAAGUCGUGGAAAGUUUGAAUUGUAGGAACAAUUUUAAGAGUUUUUAUGGAAAUUUGAGGAGAUUUUUUAAUUUGUGGGAAAAAAAAUUAGAGUCUAUUUUUUGUUAUAGGAAUGCAAACGGAUAGAUGUGUAGUAAAAUAUGUUCAGCCAUGAUCUCAUGGUUUUAUUUCCUAUUGUAAUUAGCUAAUUCAACCUGUUGGCCAUGAAAUAUGUUGCUUCGCUGGAUCUAUAUAUGUUGCAUGAGUACUAUUGACAUCCACAUGCCAUAUGUUUGAUAAGAUACAUGAUUGUGACUGCCCAUUUUCUCCGGCAUUACCUCGAUAGAUUCAUUAAAUAAGAUACAAGACCGUUGGCCUGGAUAUUCCUAAAGAGGAAGGGUGUUCAACAUGGCCUUAAUGACCUGCAGUGAUGUUGAGAAGGCAUCAUUCUUGCUUGAUGGUUUAUGAAGUUGAAUGUUUGCUUUUCGACAUGUUGGUUAAACACAGUUGUGCUUUGUACCUGCUUGGUUGUAUAGACUUUAUUAUACCUACGUUUUGUCUUCCAGGAAGGAAACAGUAUUAAGACCUGUGGAAAAAGUAAUUUCUUUGCUGUAAGUACUGUGAUGGAUCAAGACAAUGACCAAGAGAAUAACCCUGAUGCAUCAGCAGAUGUUCUGCUGAAGUGCAGUCGUGGUCGGCUGAGGAAACAUCCGAAAUAUAAUCUAAUUCAGGGGAAGAAUCCAAAUCUGAACCAUGCAGGGAAUACCUGUAUCCGACCUGGAUUUGAAGGGGUGAAUGGAAAUCAACCCCUUCAAGCGAAUUCAAUCAAUGAUGCAAGUAAUAUGAUGGUGGGUCAGGAUGUUUAUGGUGUUAUUGAGGCAGCAUUUGAUGCAGGAUAUUUGCUCACUGUUAGGGUUGGCAACUCUGACGCCACUUUAAGGGGUGUGGUUUUCAAGCCUGGGCAUUUUGUUACUGUUUCAGCUAAGAAUGAUGUGGCUUUAGAUGUUCAAAUGAUGAGAAGAAAUGAGAUUUCCUUCCCAAGGGAGAGGAAUGAGCAGCAUGUGCAUUCUCGUGGAAAUGUAUCUGCUCAUCCAUUCAAUUAACCAGCUGUUGUCAACCAGAAGCCUCGAGCCUGGUUUUCAAAUCUUGGAUGCUCAAAAAGCAAACAUGUGCAGUCGAUGUCAACACAAUCUGCUUCUCCACUAAUGACCAGAGGCAAUGUGCUGCCUGUUGUGCUCCAACCUGCUAAUUUAUCAAACCACGAAUCAGUUGCCAACCAACCAUCUCUGGUUGCAAGCCAACCAGCUCAUUUGAUGGCCUAUAAAGGCAAACAAGUGUCUGAAGCUGCUGAUACAUCAAAGAAGGGAACACCAACCAACCAGAUGCCAACAGUUGGAAACCAAAUAUUUCCUACUCAAUCUCUAAGUAGUAACCACAGCAUGCCAAAAGGCAUACAAAGUGAAACUGUUUCAUAUAAUCAACCCGCAACAGAGGUUUUGCAGGAGACAGAAGCCAAGUCAAUGACUGGCAUGCCUUUUGAGAAACUAUUAACUGUAGUCAUAAAAAGAACUCAAGUCCCCCCACAACCAUUGGAGGAUCAAGGUGGUAAUGGGUCGGUCAAAGAUUCUGGACAUAACCUGGAAGAUGAUCAGCCACUCUCUAUUGAACCACUACAAGCUGUACAGCCUAAUAAUUCUUCUUCUUCUUCUUCUGUGCUCAAACAUUUGGAAAAUUUUAGAACUGGAAAGAUGACUGAACUGCUGAAGGCUGUUCAGGAAAACAUGAGGGAAAACCAAGCAUCUUGCACUGAAGAGCCAGCCAUUGGUUCUGGAGAAACUGAGCAUGGAGAUAAGUAAUGCAUGAUUCCAACAAGCGUUCACAGGUUUUGAGUGUCUAAUUCAACAGGCAUUUUACUCUCAAGUUUUGGGCUCGCUCACAUUUUGUAGAGUGUUUCAGUUGAAUCAGAUAGAUUUUGUAAAAUGUUUUAGAUCCUAAACUAGGUGAAGGAGCUAAAUGAUCCCUAGAGGAUUAUGACCUUAAAGUACAAAAGGUUGCAUCGGAUCUUAUUUGCUUUAACCUUAGGAUCAAAAUCGAUUCCUUUACUUGGAAUUAAAGCUUUUUUUUUUUUUUAACUUCAUAGAUAUAUAGAAAAUCUAUCUUCAUUUUACUUUAUGCUUUGUCAUCAUUUAGGGUCCAUUUGGGAGUCCGAUUGAAGGGCUCCCAUUGCAUUGAAAGGUGCCCUUUAUGGUUCCCUUAGUAAACGGCAAAGACCAGCUCCUUGUUAAAUAUAUCUGGCUUCCUUUACAUUAUGAUCAUCCGAGUAUUGAGCAUGAGACUUGAGAUGUGGUCAAUUAAGUGGAAACUAAAUGUCUCUGAAUGGAAUAUCAAAUCAUCAGUGAAUAUGGAGAACGUUUUCAAAUGAUUGAUAUCAAAAUCAUGAUGGGGUUUUCCCUAACCCUGCUUGUUUUAGAAGUCAGGUUGACUCUUGCACUGGGUUAAACCUUGCAAUAGAUUAGCCUUCAUUCUUAUACCAAUUCAUCGAGAGACUCACAUUGCUGUCACCCAAUUCUUGAUUGGAAUGUUUACUUAUAAAAUGAUUGUAGAUUUAAAUAUUUGAAUAUGAAGCUUAGAUCAAUUAUUUUAUGCAAUCAUUCUUAAGAAGUAACAUUUAACAUAUCUGAAAUUCGAAUCUCAAACUCUUUGUAACUCCUUUUUUUCUU